AUGGCCCCAUAUUCCAUCGUUACGAAAGCAGAUUCCGUCCAGUUGUCGACCGACACCAGUCUCCAUCUUCUACACAGAGAUAUUCUCGACCAUCUCGACCCGUCACCCCAUCCUGUAUUCCCGAGGCGCAUCCAGACACCGCAGCAACGGACGCUCACCCACUGGUUGGAGGUCAUGUGA